AUGUAUAGACAAUUCACCAAAUCAUCAAUUGCUCGUCAAGCAUCAAGAAUUACAAGAUCAUAUUCAACUAAUGCAUCAACUACAUCAUCAAAAUAUAAUUCAAAAUUAAUAAUUGGUUCAAUUGUUCCAAUUGCAGUUGCAAUUGGUUAUUAUUCAUUAAAUAAUUCAAAAAUUUAUAAUUUAUCAUCACCUGUUAAAGUAGCAGAAGCUAUUAGAGAAGAAUUUAAAGAAGGUAAUAUAAUGGCAGAUGAUCAAGAAGAAUUAUUUCAUAAAGAACAAAAAAGAUUAGCAAAAGAACAAGAUGAAGAAGAAUUAAAACAAAAAGAAGAUAUUAAAAAACAAACUACAAAAGAUGCAAAAGGUACUGAUUCAAAAGAUAUUGCAACAGAUUCUCAAAUUAGAAAACAAGCAUCAAAUGAUUUAAAUGAUGAUACAACAAGACAUGCAGCAAGUGAUCCAAGAAAUAAACAAGAAAAACCAAGUGAUCAAGCAUCAGCAUCAAUUAAAGAAGGUGGUAAAAAAUCAUCAAACCCAACUCCAAAAGAAACUUCAUCAGAUACUGCACAAGCUGAUGCUGAUAAUAAUAAUAAUGAAGAAAAAGAACCAAAACAAGAAGCAGCUUAUAACCCAGAAACUGGAGAAAUCAAUUGGGAUUGUCCAUGUUUAGGAGGUAUGGCUCAUGGACCAUGUGGAGAAGAAUUUAAAGAAGCAUUUUCAUGUUUUGUAUUUUCAGAAACUGAACCAAAGGGAAUAGAUUGUAUUAAAAAAUUUGAAAAUAUGAGAUCAUGUUUUAAAAAAUAUCCUGAUCAUUAUAAAGAAGAAUUAUAUGAUGAUGAUGAUAAAGAAUAUGAUGUUGAAACUGUUGAACAUAUUGUUUUAGAAACUGCUGAUCCUGCUGUUGAACAAAUUGAAACCGGAUUAGAUGAAGGUAAAUUAAAAAACCCAGAAAAAUAA